AUGGCCGAGGUACCCCAGCUAGGCUCCAUUCAAGAGCGGAUUGCUGCCCUCAAAUUAUCCCAAGCCGCGCAAUCUUCAGCCGGCGCAGAACCGCCGCAUCCAUUGCUCCGUCCAGCCACGGAUCGAAGCAGAUCAGCCAAUAUCCCCCCCUCCUACACAGUCACCGGCUCGGUCGCAGAGAGCAACUCGAUUGGAAAUGAGCCGGCCUCUCUCAACACGCAGAGAUCAGCCGUGCCCCCUAUUCCGUCGCCGAGGCUCGAAGUCAAGCCCAAAAAGCCGCCGCCACCUCUGCCAACACGCCGAUCAGAUCGCCCGCCUCCUCCUUCCCCGCCGGUCAGACCUGGAUCCACAGCUCCCACAGGAACCACAACGCAAGAAGAAUCCCGUCCUUCUUUACCUCCCCGUCGACCGACGCGGCUCUCGCACAAGCCAUCGCAGGAUUCGGUUUUGUCCAGUGCGUCACAUUCGACCACGGCGACAGGCUUGGGGCGCGGCGCUUCCUCGACAUCUGUGAACUCCGUUGGCAAUGGUCGCAUCAAAGCCCCAGCAUGGGGUGAGGCUGAAUUACCUGCCCUCCCGGCGAGACGACCCAGAGAAGACCCGGUCGAUGUUGCGCAACCCACACGUGCGGAAUCCAAGACGAGCGCUGGGGGGCUGACGGGGAAACUCUCUGCCUUGAGAGGCAAGAUCCCCGGAUCGUCAAGUUCUUCUUCGUCCAAACCAGCACGUCCAACGAUCCCCUCUCGCCCGUCAGCCAGAGCAACAUCACAACCUCCUGGGCCUCGACUUCCUCCGCGCCGGCCAUCCGGAACGGAGACGUCGUCAGGUAGUCCCUAUGCAGAGGAAGAUCCCGAGGAAGCAAGGCCGAGUCUGCCAACUCGACGGUUACCGCCCCCCUCGGCCGUGAAUAACCUCCCCGAUGCUCGAAAUCUUGGAUUCGGGUCCUUGACCAAACGACCCAGUAUUCCUGCACGACCAAAAAGCUCUCCCGCGGAGGACGGGUGCGCUGGCGGCCGUCCUCCUCCACCGGUGCCUACCGCGUCUCGACCGGACCUUGCCAAAUUGAUGGCCACGAAGCCACGAUUCCACGCGUCUCAGCCGGGUCCUACCGCGCCCAUGGGCGAGCCAAGCACAGAAUGUAUGGUCUGCCAUGACUUUUCGGGACCCGACGCUCAUGCGGCACAGUACCCACGACAGUCGCUCCCGACGCACGAUCUCGACUGGCUGGCAAAUGAGCUGACUGCUCCAUUCCCAUCUCUGACCGACAAGGCCAGAGCUAUCUUCACGUGGCUUCAUCACAACGUCGAAUACGACGUGGUAUCUUACUUUAGUGGGAAUUUGCAACCAUCCACCCCGGCCAGUACUUUCACCAGCGGAUUGGCAGUGUGCGAGGGUUAUGCCACACUCUUCGCAACCUUGGCCACAAAAGCUGGGCUUGAAGCCAUCGUCGUGGGCGGGCAUGGCAAGGGAUGCGGCCACACCCAAAUCGCUCCCGGCCAGCCUACACCUCCGUAUGACCCGUCAGGUCAUGCGUGGAACGCGGUCAAAAUUGAUGGGGGUCAAUGGAAGCUCAUCGACGCAUGUUGGGGAGCCGGGGCGGUGGAUGACCAGACACAGACAUAUAUCAAACGCUUCGAACCGUACAUGUUUACGAUUCCCAAUGAGGAGUUUGGCUUGAAGCAUUUCCCCAAAAACAAGGACCACUUCUUCCGCAGUGAUGGACGACAGAUCAGCUGGGAGGAAUACAUCACUACAGAUCCGGCUGCGCCGCUGGGCAUAAAGCCACCUCAGGUUUGGAGUAAUGUCUCUGAUUACAGCAUCGGCAGCAAGACGGUCCUACCCGCCGAGGGUGUCAUUUCGAUCUCCACGACGCCCAGCCCAAUCCGCUUCCAAUUCGGUCUACUGUGUGAGCAUUGGACAAUGGCACGACACAGCCGACAGAAGCCGAGUCUCUUCUUGCUUGAGGUGCACGGAGUGGACGGACGUCAGAAAGAGCGUUUUGCAUUCAAUCAUGUGCUCGGGUCUGGGCCCGGUGGCGGUGGAGAGGCGUGGUACAUUGACAUUGGGGAUACUCGGCAACUGGGUGCUCCGGGUCAAAAGGUGAAGCUGCUCGUUUUGAUGACCUUUGGUGAUCGGCAUGACUGUCGCGGCCUAACGGCCGAGGAGUAUAGGAGCCAGGUCGGACGGGUAGGGAUGUCCUGGUCUCCACUUGUGGAAUGGACCUUGGGUCGAUGA